CGGACCACACAGGUGGAUCAGCGGGGUGGCUGGUGUGAGAGGGCGCACUUACCGAAGCGGACGGCACUCAAAAGCCUUCGCGACGAUAUCCGGUAUUCGAAUCUCUUUUGUCGUCGACUUUUUAAUCCUCGCCCUUUUGCCGUCCGUCCUUUCCAUCUCGUUCUUUUUUGAUUUUCUGACCGUGUCGUCAUGAUUGUUCUUGUCAUCAUGGGACUCGUCUUCCUUGGUUUUUGGCGGAGAUCAGAGCGCCGAAGUGAGGUUGCGGGCGAUAUCGAUGUCCUCGAGGAACUCCGGCACCAGGGGGUUUUCCGACAGAGGCUUCGUGUUUUGUGGAAGGCACGUGGGCUUCGGGAAGUUUACCUGCCUCUGGCUUUCCUGCUUUUUGGGCUUUUUGCCUUCAAGGGAUUUGGACUGGUUCCUGAGAACCGGAAAGAAGAAGCCUUCCAAAAGGUUGUCGACGACGCUGCGGGAUCAUCAUUUUCUCCGUCUUUGCCCUUGAGGGUUCGUCCAAGGCCAAAUAAUAGAUCGCCUGAUAUCUUUCGUCGUCUCCUCAUGAUCGGGAAGAUCCAGACAGAAUAAAAUGGGCAGAAUCGGAGGGCAAGAUGGCGAGUACCAUAGUCGCUUUUCAACCUUGGUGGCGAUCUGGGCAUUGAUAUAAGCCGGCAGAACUCAUGACCUGAAGGAGUUUCAGUCAAAGUGGGGUUCGGGGGAAGGUGAGACAUGUCGAUGUAUGCAUAGUGCUGAAGCCAGGAUCCCGAGACUUGCUAUCAUCUGUUAUGUUGUGCUGACUCUAGCACGGGUGACCGUGACGACGACGAC